AUAAAAAAAAGCAUAAUGUUUACCAUUCCUCCCUCAGAUACUCCCUCUCCUCUGAGUGACAGUAAGUCAGGUCGCACUCUGUCGCCCCCUGCUGUCCCGGCACACCGGCAGCGCUCGGCCACGCUGGGCACAGAGAGGAGCAAAGAGAACCAGCACUUCAACCACUCGCUGCAUGACGACACAGACUGGGUUACCAAGGAAACAGGAGCGAAAGAACGGGAGAGGCUGAGGGAGAAGCGGCAGAGGGAUUUCUUCCGCAUCAAACUGAAAAAGAAGAAGAAGAAAAGGAAGUCGAAGUCAGGUGAAGACAGCAGCAGUGAUUUGUCCUCGGACAGUCCUGUUUGGAGUGAGGACGAGUCUGACACUGAGCUGGAUCUGAACGUGCCCCUCUCAGAGCAGGGUGUGGAAACACUCACUCACGGCUCUGAGAUCAUACGCUGUAUUUGUGAAGCACAGGAGGAGAACGACUUCAUGAUACAGUGUGAUGAGUGUUUGUGCUGGCAGCACGGGACUUGUAUGGGUCUGUAUGAGGACAGUGUGCCAGACAGCUACAGCUGCUACAUCUGCAGAGACCCACCAGCCCAGAGACAGAGUCAAAGGUACUGGUAUGAUAAAGACUGGCUGAGCAGCGGUCACAUGUAUGGCUUGUCUUUCCUGGAGGAGAACUACUCCCACCAGAACAGUAAGAAAGUGGUAACGGCCCAUCAGCUCCUGGGGGACGUCCACCGUGUGUUUGAGGUCCUGAACGGCCUUCAACUCAAAAUGAGCAUCCUACAGACACAAGCCCAUCCAGACCUGAAGUUCUGGCGGCAGCCCUGGACACCUGCAGACAGCCUGCGGAGGAAGACGGCAGGUGACUCGGGCAUAGCUACACCCUUCCCCUCCUCACCCAUUGGAAUGGGAGCGAAUGAGUUCGAGACAUUGAAGAGCGAAGUCCCAUCACCUGUGGAAACGCAUUGCUCUUUCCAGGACUCGUACAUUAGCAGCGAGCACUGCUACCAGAAGCCCCGUACAUACUACCCUGCGGUGGAGAGAAGACUUGUGGUGGAGACACGGUGCGGUUCUGAGCUGGAGGACAGUCUGAGGAGCACAGAGGACCUUCUAGAGAUGGCCGAGCAGAGGUACGGCACGCAGCUGGACCACGACCAGCACAAGCUUCAGCUGGCCGACCGCUCCUUUAGUAAGGAGCUGGAGUGUCGUAUGAAGCAACUGGUUUCCGCGGAGCAGGAAAAGAGUUGUGUGCUAGAAUUCAAGGAAGAGGAGCCUGACCCUGUGACCCCUGACCCAAAGCCUGACCCUGACCUUGUGCUGCACCAGCAGUGGCAGCUGAACCUGCUGGAGCACAUUGAAGCAGUGCAGGACGAGGUGACGCACAGGAUGGACCUUAUCGAGCGAGAACUAGACGUGCUGGAGAGUUGGCUAGACUACACAGGUGAGCUGGAGCCUCCAGAUCCACUGGGCCGUCUCCCUCAACUCAAACAUCGCAUCAGACAGCUCCUGACUGACCUGGGAACAGUCCAGCAGAUCGCACUCUGUUCCUCGUCCUCUUGAGGGCGCCAGAGAACAUACAAAUGGCUCACACUCAAUUGGAUGCACACAGAGUCCCUUAAAGUCUGAUUAGAAACUGCUGAAAUACUUACAUGUGCCUGUUUUGUGAGAGGAGACCCUCAAAUGAUUCAAGCUAACACUGAUGUGAUUGUUUCUGUGGCACAUGCAUGUUGGAUUCAGCAGUUUAACAGUUAUCACAAGUUAGAAAUAGACUGAGGCUAACAAUACCUGAUGCAAACAAAGGUUUUUUUUUUUGGAAUAUAAUGCUUAAUAGUAGCACUUAGCUAUGUCUAUCAUAGACUUAGGAGGUAUUUUGUUAUUGCUUUAUGAUGUAUUUUCUCUGUAUUCUUCACAUGCUAAAUAAUUAUUUUAUGUUAAUUCAUAAGUGAGAAUUUUGGACUCUCUCGACACGUUUUUGCUCUGGGUGGAAAGCUUAAGGACCCAUAUGGUAUUUUGUUGUGAAAAAAAAAUGUUAAAUAUGACUAUAACAAUAUGAAAAUAUAUUUUAAUCUGCAACUACGUGCAUUUUAAUUCUAUAUUUGUACUACAAAGUCAUGUAAUCUUGUAAAUAACCCCAAACAAUUGCUUAAAUUCAUGUUCUUUUUUUAUUUCUGAUCUAAACUGUUGCAUUUACAGUAAAGACUUUCUGUAAACUUUGAUCUGUUGUGAAUACUGUAGUUGUGGGCUUUCUGCCUGUAACCUCUCUCAUUUUUGACAAUUGAUGUUGCUUGCGUUUCAAAUCAGUGAACUUUGUUUCCACUGAUUAAACAACAUUAAACAAGCACAGAAUGUUGUUCUCUUGCAUACUGAAUUUUUGUAUGCAUAUCCCCCCCACCCCAUAUUUCUGAUACUGUUCUGUAAAUUGUAUCUGUUGCUUUCGAGUCUACAAGAUUGUUUUUGUUUAAGACAUUACGGUAGAUGCCUUUAAAUUAUUGUAAUUGUGAAUUUAAGUUAUUGAUUCUGCCACCUUUUUACGUCUGUCUGUUGGUUUUCUUUUAUACAGUGCACGUCUGAGUAUUGUAUGGUCAGAAAGAGAACGAGAGGAAAAGCUGGGAUCUUUUUAAGUGUUCUCACCCUAUGGUGUUAGUUUUUGGUUUGUUCGUUUUCCCCUAGACUAUAACUGUUAAAUAAUCUGUGCCUGAUCUAUUAUUUCAGGCCAAUCUGAGUGUCGUUUACCCUCAAAUACACAAACUACAUUUGUUAUAGGUCUGUGUAUUUCUAGAAUCCUGCUGAAAGGUGUUUGGAGGGUUGGUGUUUUGUUCUUGGCUUUCUUUGUACAGCUAGUAAGUGUUUGACAGUCCAUUGAUUGUUUCUCAGUAUUGUUUGUAAUAUUUUUUUUUUACAUCUGCCCUGUUGCUUUUCCAGUCAUUGAAGAUCUAGUUAUGAUUUAAAAGUACUGCAGUGUGCUUUUUUUUCUCUCUCCUUCAUUGUAUGUUACAUUGUACUUUUUAUGUUAGGAUCCCCUGGGACUCUAUAAUGAGUUUUAAAAAAAUAUAUACACACAAUCCAAAAGCAAGGAAAUAAAUGCAGACAUUUUAACUGA